UUCAACCGGACCGUGUUCAGCGAGACACCGUUUGCUCUUUGUUGUUACCGGACGGUAGCCGUCAGUUUAACGGCAGCUAACGGAAGAUAAAUUAUAUUUUAAAGGCAUUUUUUUAGGAUCUGAGGGACUCACUCGGUGUUUAGCUAACCGGUUAGCCGCUAAGCUAUCUAGCUAGCCGCUAAGCUAACAGCCCGAGUUUAAAAUCAGACAAAGAAUAGUUUUUGUAGUUUCGGUUUUGUAGUCCUAUUAGCAUGGAUGCUAGCGGGGAAACAGCUUCUGUAGCGUCAGAGGAAGAAGAGGGAGAACAUCAAGUCCAGGUUCUGACCCAGGAGGAUACCCUGGACCAGAAAGUGGAUCAGAACCUGGACCAGAGUCUAGACCAGAACCUGGACCUGGAAGAGAGCCUAGAGCAGAAUCCAGACCUACACCAAGACCUGGAGCAGAGAAUGGACCAGGUCCUGAAGCAGAACCUGGACCUAGACCAGGACCUGGAUCAGAGAAUGGACCUGGUCCUGAAGCAGAACCUGGACCUAGACCAGGACCUGGAGCAGAGCCUGGAACAGAACCUGGACCAAGACCAGGACCUAGAUCAGAGAGUGGACAGGGUCCUGAAGCAGAACCUGGACCAGAACCUGGACCUGGAGCAGAACCUGGACCUAAAACAGGACCUAGACCAGGUCCUGGAGCAGAGCCUGAACAAUAACAUGGACCAGGACCUGGACCAGAGCCUGAACGAUAACAUGGACCAGGACCUGGACCAGAACCAAGACCAGGACCUGAAAAAGAGCCUGAACGAUAACAUGGACCAGGACCUGGACCUAUACCAGGACAUGGAGCAGAACAGGGACCAGGACAUGGACCAGAACCAUGACCAGGACUUGGAGCAGAGCCUGGACCAGGACCUACACCAGGACCUUGAGCAGAGCCUGGACCAGAACCUGGACCUGGACUUUGAUCUGGACCUGGAUCUGGACAAUUUGACCCUGGAAGAGCUGCUCCAUAGGGUCCAGGAGGUCCAGACCGACUGCACCACGACGGAGUCCGGCGUCUCCACGGAUCGUGACUGGGAGAGUCGGCUGGAGGCCACGUUGGAGUACAGCUCGCUCCUGAAGGAGGAGUUUGACCAGCUGAAGAAGAUGCAGGACAAGGAGGAGAUGGAGCAUGAAAAACACAAACAGGGGCUGCAGAAGAGGAAGGAGGAGGCGACCAGACAGCACCAGGCUCUGCUGGAAAAACUGGACUCUCUGAGGGUGAAACUGCAGCUCAACAACUCGAAGGCCACCAGGAAGAACUUCUUAUCCAAGAAGCAGGAGAUGAUGACGGAGAAGAACCGAGCCGAGCAGGAGAAGGACAAGUUGGCCAAGGAGCUGGAGGAGAGCGACAGGAAGCUGGCGGCGCUGACAGAGGAGCAGAGCGAGGAGCAGCGACGGUGGCAGCAGGAGCUGGAGGAGCUGAGGAAGGAGAUGGAGCGAACCAGGAAGGAGGCGCAGGAGGCUCAGCUGCAGGCGCUGCAGGACGAGAUCACAGCCGUGGAGACGCAGCGCGACGUGGCCAUGACUCGCAUCGAGGCCUGGACCAGGGAGGUGGCUCAGUACCUGAACACUCUCAGGGUGGAGUUUCCUCAGCAGUACUCCCAUGAGCGGCCCAAGUGGGAGAAGAAGGAGGGUUUGGUCCGGAGGAACCAGGCCGAGCUGCAGAGUCGCUUCCAGGAGGUCCUGCAGCAGCUGCAGCAGGGCCGAGAGCUGGAGUCCCUCCCCAGGAUCAACGUACCGACGCUGCCUCAGGUCCCCACGGCCGACCUGAGGUUCAACCAGGUGAUGCAGGCUGUGGUUCGUCCACAGUUCAUGGUUCCGCCUCCUCCGAUCCAGAUGAACCCGGCCUUCCCACCACAGAGACACCCCCACUUCUACCUGCAGCGCCACCGUCUCCCCCACCACCCACACUUCCGUCCCCCCUUCCGCUACGACCUCCCGCCGCCCCAUCACUUCCCCCAUCCGUCCCCGCCUCCACAGCACCAGCCUCCACUUCAGUUCCAGCCUCACAUCCGAGGCCCGGUGAGGGUGACUCCGCCUCCCAGUCUGUCCCCGUCCCCCCCAGUUCAACCGGUCCACCCUGUCACCCCUUCCCCACCUCCCCCGGCUGUACCUGCCGCUGCCCCGUCGGCCUCCGCUGGCAAACUCGACAAGGUCUUGGAGAAGCUGGGCGCCCGGUACCCACAAUGCAACAGGGCCCAGCUGACGUCGCUACUCCAGCAGGUGAAGACCUCUCGCGGUACUUUGGCCGGCAUGUCCAUGGACGAGGUGAUCGAGCAGGUCGGCCACAAGCUGGCCCAGAAUGAGAGGUCGGCGCCGGGCCCCAUCAGCCGGCCGAUGCCCCCGGGGCCCAUCCAGAGACCGACUGUUCCUCAGCAGAGACCCGGACCGGCAGUACCACCAGGAGUUCAAGCCCCCGGGCCCCGUAAACUCUGCCUGAUGUGCCAGAACCACGUGGACCCGGAGAACCGCCACCCGCUGAGCUGCUCCCACACCAUCCACAGGGACUGCAUCCAGAUGUGGCUCAGGUCCAGCAAGAACAACUCCUGUCCGUUUUGUCCAGCCAAGUGACGGAGGAACCAGGAAGUUAAACCUCGGGCUCAAAUCAGUGCCAUUCCAAAACAUUUAUUAGAGUUCUAUUCUAAGAUAUCCAAUGCUGGAUGUGUUUAAGCUUGAUUUUUGGAUGUAGAAGGGAUUGUCACACUUAGUGCCUGCUGCUGUCUUUCUUUACGUUUACACUGAAUCUGAGUAACUGUAAUCAGCAAGCCUACAAUAAAGUUCUUUAAAAGUAAACAUAAAA